CACAGUUUAUUCUUGAUUAAUUAUGAGAUUUUGAAUACCAGUCUCAAAGAUUUUGAACGACACUUGCACGAUUUUUUCAAAAUUUCUACCAAUCUUGAGAAACUAGCACGAGUCUGUGACGCUUGGUAUACCAGUUUUAGAAAAAAAAAAAAAGUUUGUACAAAUUUAUAAAGGAUAGAAUUGAGAAUAGGGGGAACAUAAUGAAUCCAAAUGACCAUUAUUCUCAUUCUACCCAACAAAAAAGAAAAAACUAUUCUUCUCGGACACCAGUCUGUUUGACGCUGAGCGGACGGCCCUUAUUAUAUCGAACUCGUGUACCAUCAUGUCACGCAGUAAGGCAGCAGAUGGUGGUCAAGCGGUGAGAUCCACCCACCAAGUGUUCCCUGCCACAAGCUCCACGUCGACCAAGUGCAGCCGUGGCAGCAGCCACGCUGAUGCUCCUUCCGCCACGUGGCCUCAUCACCACCGGCAUGCUUCUUCAGAGUUUGGAGUCCCGUCGCUAUCGGUCUCUCUCUUUUAAUUAGCAGUUUGCAGCGCAGCGGCAAGAGGAAAAGAGAAGAAAGGGGAUGGAGAAGUCGGCGUUGGAAGAGAAGCAGCCAAAGGAAGUGGUAGAGGAGGAUGUAAUGGAGUUGGCGGAGGAGAGGAAGAAGAAGCCGAGGAAGGGCCCGUGCGGUUGGCUGAGAGAGAGGAAGGUCCGGGAGUUGGUCCUGGGGAAGCGGCGGCUGGUGGAGGUCCCCUACACCGCCACCCUGGCCCACACCCUGAACGCCCUCGUAGCCAACCGCGUCGCCGCCGUCCCCGUCGCCGCCCCGCCCGGCCACUGGAUCGGCGCGGGGGGCUCCAUGAUCCUCGAGUCCGACAAGGCCACCGGCGCCAUCCGCAAGCACUACAUCGGCAUGGUAACCAUGGUGGACAUCCUCGCCCAUAUCGCCGAGGAGGAUCAUGCUGCUCAUGACUACUCUGCCCCCGCACCAGACCUCGACGUUCGGAUGGCGGUCCCCGUCUCCUCUAUCAUCGGUCAUUCUCUGGAAGGGCUCAGCUUGUGGACCCUUAAUCCCAACACAAGCAUUUUAGAUUGUAUGGAAUCAUUUAGCAAAGGAGUCCACCGAGCUCUAGUUCCACUUGAAAGUCAUGCAGAUCACGUUAUUGCGGUAGAACUCGUGGAGGCAUCACCUGGUUACAGAAUGCUCACCCAAAUGGAUCUUUUAGCUUUCCUAAAAGAGAAUAGCCAGGAGUUGAAGGAUGCACUGUCAUGUGGCGUUCAGGGGUUAGGAGCAAUCAAUGAGAACGUUUUUGCUGUAACAGAAUAUACGACGGUCAUCGAAGCUAUCAGAUCCAUGAGAAGUGCUUCUCUGAAUGCUGUUCCUGUAGUCGAAUCUCCCGGAGAUGGCCAACCGCUUCAAGAUGGAAGGGGGAAGAGGCUGGCAGACACAUUCUCUGCGACAGAUUUAAGGGGAUGCCCCAUUGGUCUGUUGCAGUCCUGGUUAUCCAUGAGCAUCAUGGAAUUUAAAGGAAGGGUAUCGAUGAGGGAAACUGCCGCGCCUCAUCCUCAUCAUGAUACAAAACUUGCACCAAGGAAGCUCAUCACAUGCGACCCCGGGACGAACCUGGCCCAGGUUAUGGAGGAGAUGGUGGAAGGCGACGUGCACAGAGUGUGGGUCGUAGACCGAGAUGGGUUGCUCAUGGGGCUCGUCUCCCUUACGGACAUGCUGCGGGUUAUUAGAGAAUCUGUGUUACUGGCUGAUCGGGAGCUGGUGUCGGAAGUCGUUCCUGAUCAUGGGCCCACUUGAUGAUCUUUUUCAGGUUUUAAUGGUGUUCUCCGGUAACCUUUUCAACACUCCUGUAUGUAAUGGAGUUGAUUUGCUACGUUUUUUGGAUGAGGGAACUUUCGGAUCUUAAGAAUAGGAAACAAAUAAUUGUGGCUUUUCAAAACUGUGGCCAUAUAUGCUUCUCUAUUCUCUAAUAUGUGGCGAUG